GCUGACUUGUCCACUAUCAGUUUUCGAGUUUAUUUUGCUUAUUUACUAUCAGACAGAGCAUGGUUAUGAACAGAAAUAAAAUUGAUAUGCGGCAACAGGUCUGCAGAUAAAAAGUAUAUUUUGAUAAGCAUAUUUGGUACAGUAAUUGAUAGCAGUUGCAAUACGAAGCACCAUCGGUCAGUCUCACUUCGAUUGAGGCAAAAGAUAAACAACAAAUAUUUAUGUAUGUAAAUACCGCAAACUCAUCAUAAAAAAACACUACUUCGUAAUGAGUAAAUUAUAAAAACAAAAACUUCAACAGUAAACAAUUAUAAGUGAGUAUAAGUAGUCGACAAAUGUAUGCAUCGUGUCGGUGACCGCAUCAGUUUUGAUGACCAAUAAAAAAGAGGGUUUAAUUAAUAAUAUGCAAUACAUGAGCACUUCACAUUUACAAAAGUAGCGAACAAACUUCCAACGUCACACCAUCAACUAUCGACGCGAGGAAGCGGCAACACCUUUGUGAGAUUGUGAGGCAAUUCAACUUUGUAAAGCAUUGAGUAGAAACACGAAAGUACAAUAAAAAUUACCUUUCCACCAAAAAGCGAUCAGGUGCGUCAUUUGUAUAUACAAAUUCGUUUCACCUACAUAUAGUGCAUGUAUUGGUAUUGUGAAUGAAGCUUUCUGGCCAGACGAUCGCUUUGCCAUUAGUUACUAUCGGGCCUUCAACCGGUUCACCAGCGUACAAUAUUCAAGUGUACUGGCCGCAAUUGUUUUUAUUGUUGUGUAUACACCUCAUCAACAUUGAGUGAUAAACUACAGAAGUACAAAUUCCAAAUAAACUAACAAUCCCAACGAGAGAUAGCAAGUGUAGAACUUAAGAUGAAACCAUUCCAGUUUGGAGAAUGCACAAGGACAUUAACAGGUGGCGUGAAUCGUGCAUUUGGCAAUAAAGAACCUUGGCAAGUAGCAGCUAUUACGGCGACAACAGUGCUGGGAACUGUGUGGCUAUGGGCAUUCAUCAAUCAGGAUGAAAGUAUUCUGGUACGCGGCAAACGUCAAUUCUUCCGCCUUGCCAAGAAGCUGCCCGUCGUGCGACGUAAAAUCGAUACAGAAGUCUCCAAAGCCAAAGAGGAUUUUGAGGGUGAUAUCCGUAAAAGCUGUACUGAUCUCAAUUGGUCUCUUGAGCUGCCCGCCCAAGGACUGAGUCGUGAAGAAAUCUUACAGCUGGUCGACAAGCAUUUGAGUAUUGGCCAUUAUAACUGGCGUGAGGGCCGCGUUUCGGGUGCAGUAUACGGUUUCAAGGAGGAUUUGGUCGAUCUGAUUGCAGAAGUAUAUGGCAAGACAUCCUACACGAAUCCACUCCAUGCCGACGUCUUUCCGGGUGUGUGCAAAAUGGAAGCGGAAGUGGUGCGCAUGGCGUGCACGCUCUUCCAUGGCGAUGCGAACAGUUGCGGCACGAUGACCACUGGCGGCACGGAAUCCAUAUUGAUGGCAUGUAAAGCGUAUCGUGAUUAUGCGCGCGAAACACGUAAUGUGCAGCGCCCAAAUAUGAUUGUGCCAAAAACCGUGCAUGCGGCAUUCGACAAGGCGGCGCAGUACUUCAACAUUCACAUCAAAUAUGUAGAUGUGGACCCGAAAACGUUUGAGGUAGAUGUGAAGGCAGUGAAGCGUGCCAUCAACUCCAAUACGAUACUGCUCGUCGGCUCUGCGCCAAAUUUCCCGUAUGGCACCAUGGAUGAUGUCGAAGCCAUUGCGGCUUUGGGUGUUAAAUACAACAUACCUGUGCAUGUGGAUGCUUGCCUGGGCAGCUUUGUCAUUGCUCUAGCAAGGGAGGCUGGCUAUAAGAUACGGCCAUUCGACUUCGCCGUCAAUGGUGUCACUAGUAUUUCAGCUGACACGCAUAAGUAUGGCUUUGCGCCCAAAGGUUCCUCAAUUAUACUGUACUCCGCACAAAAGUACCUAAACCAUCAAUUCACUGUAACCACCGAUUGGCCAGGUGGCGUCUAUGGCUCACCCACUGUGAAUGGCUCGCGUGCGGGUGGCAUUAUUGCUGCUUGCUGGGCAACUAUGAUGAGUUUCGGUCAUGAAGGCUAUCUGGAAGCCACCAAGCGCAUUGUGGACACUGCGCGCUACAUCGAGGCUGGCAUACGCAAAGUGGACGGCGUAUUUGUUUUUGGAAAGCCAGCAACAUCGGUGGUCGCCAUUGGUUCGAAUGUAUUCGACAUUUUCCGUCUAUCGGAUGCGCUAGGCAAAUUGGGCUGGAAUUUGAAUGCUUUGCAAUUUCCCUCAGGCAUUCACAUUUGCAUUACCGAUAUGCACACCAAGUCUGGCUUGGCCGAUAAGUUCCUUGCUGACUUGAAAUCUUCCGUUGCUGAAAUUAUGAAGGACCCCGGCCAACCAGUCGAGGGCAAAAUGGCUAUUUACGGCAAGGCUCAAGGUAUACCAGAUCGCACAGUGGUGGGCGAUGUGACGCGCGCUUUCCUCAACAGCAUGUACUACACGCCCAUCAAUAAAUGAGCAACUGGGCGGAAAGUGCACUUUGAGAGGGAAGGAAAUUGUCAGCUGUGGGAGUGGCAAAUGGUUUAGAAGCAACUAAAGCACUUGCAAUUUUUGAAGUAUUUUUUAUAAUAAAUAAAUACUUUUCAGUAGUCGACUGAAUGCGGCUCAAAAAAUUCGCUUUUUGUUAGUUUUUAU